CUAUUAGUAAUUCCGGUGAUGAGUCCCAUAAUUUUUUUAUAACACGUAAUUUUGUCUCAAAUGUAGGGACUUAUAUGAGCUAUAUUCUUCUAAAUAACGAUUUUAUGAAAUGAAGCUGUGAACGACAAACAUCUUCAACUUCAUCGAGGCUCAGCAUGUCUCUUGAAGACCCGUUUUUCGUUGUCAGAGAUGAAGUACAAAAAGCUGUUCAGUCAUCGCGAAAUUUGUAUGAACGAUGGUGUGAACUUCUGGACAAUCCAAAGUCUGUAUCCAAAGAGGAAUAUGAUUGGACAACCAAUGAGUUAAGGAACAGCUUAAGAAGUAUAGAAUGGGAUCUGGAGGAUUUGGAGGAGACAGUAGGUAUUGUGGAAAAGAAUCCCAAAAAGUUUAAAAUUGAUACCUCAGAAUUGCUUGACAGAAGAGCUUUCAUCGAUCGGACCAAAUCUACUGUCCAGCAAAUGAAAUCCCACUUAUCCAGUCCAAAAGCUAAACCGAAGGAUGAUAUGGGACCUCGGCAGGCAUUAAUAUCCAAUGGAGCUGGUAAACAAUAUGACCGCUACACCAAACUGGACCAGGAUAUGGAGCGUGCCAACCAGAGGUUUAUAGACGAUACAACCCAGCAACAGCAGCUCCUGAUAGAAUCUCAGGAUGACCAGUUGGACAAGAUAGGGACCAGUGUGGGGGUGCUGAAAAACAUGAGUCACCAAAUAGGCAACGAACUAGAGGAACAGAAUAUCAUGCUGGAUGACUUUGGGCACCAGAUGGAUACAACGGAAUCUAAGAUGGAUGCAACUAUGAAGAAGAUGGCGAAGGUUUUACACAUGUCUAAUGAUAAACGACAGUGGUGUGCAAUAUUCGUUCUCCUAGCCGUGCUACUAAUCGUUGUAAUACUAUUCAUGGUGUUGUGAUUCACAUGGAAAACUUUCAUCACAAUGCAAACUGACCUCUGGUCUUUCCCAAGGUCGUUCAUUUCGACGUAAUUCAAUCUUGACCACUGACAUGAACUUUAAUGAGCAGAUAUUACGCCUUUCUGACACAACGUUUACCAUGUCCGUAUCUAGUCCAUCAUUUGGGCAAGAAGUAAAUCUACAAUUUCAGCUGUCUAGUCAUGUAACAAGCUUGUGUGUGUGGGACAAUGACUUGAGCCUGCUGUAUAUAUGGUAAUGUUUUGGAUCUAAAGACGUUCACCUUGCUAAUUAAAAUCUAUACAAGAAAUAAAUUCUAAAAAUAUUGUGACUGCUGUUCAUAUGCGACCAGUGACUGUUUUCUGAAGGAACUCCUCAAGCGUCGCCAGGAUCACAAAGGUCUUCAUCCAAGUCGUCGGUCAGACAAAUGUCUUGUAACAGAAGUUCCCAUGGAGAGCAGUGCAAAUCAACAAACACCACACACUGGUAUAUGUAUAUACAUUGAGAUUUAGGUCGUGUAGUUUGCUUCUAGGUGUAUAUUAGUCUUGGGUUGCUGUAGGUGGAGAGACCCAAUGUUAUAGUAUACCCUACAAAUGGGAGCCAUCUUUGUCAGUCUCAAAUACUGUAUACCGGGAAAUGUUCGCUGCAUCUUAGUUUUCGCCUUUUCCCCCCUUCCGCAAUAAGGGCGAAUUUAUCCUGACAUCAAAUAUAAGUACACAUCAUCCCCUAAAUAGUUAUAAAAUGUGAAGUGGGAAAUUUACACUGGGCAAAUAUGGAUUAUACAGGUUGAGAGCGAAUAUUUUACGAAGCGAAUGCUUCCCAGUAUACAGUAGUUUGGGAAGAUUUGUAAUCCAAACACUGCUCUACUAUACAGUGUCAGUCUUAACAUUACAGACACAGUGAAAUGCGCUGAACUUAACCUCUAUCGGGAGCAGGAAAAAUAUUUACCGUAAGUCAUCCCGUUCAAGUUUUAUAGGGAAGGCAUUUAUAUAUAUGACAUGUACAAAAAGUCAAUUGUAAAUUCCAUGCACUAAAUGUAAAUAUUCUGUAGCAAGCGUAAAACCACAUCAUAUUUAAAAUCGAACAAAAUAAAUACCAAUGUGAUGCUUUUGCCUUAGUAAAGUAUUAUAGAAUAUCAAAGGAAGUAGUUUUCAUUGUCCCGUAAUAUCAAAGUAAGAUACAGAGACGAAGUGCUUUGUGAACUGAGAAGCUUGUGUACCUACACUCUGCUGACAAAGUCAGGAUGAUGUGACAAGCACCGAUUAUUUAUUCUGUGUUGUUGAUGAGAGAUUUUAUAGCUGGUGUUUUUGGAAGGUUGUUAUGAUUGGGGUGUGAUCUGGUCUGUUUUUGGUGUAAAUGGAAUCGGUUUUAAACUGAAAGGUAUCGAUGUUUUUAACUGCGUAUUAUUUAUUUUUGUGUAUUUUUAACUUUAUGGAUUUGUAUAUGACAUGUACAUGAAUAUGAAGAUGUAUUUUGCGACCAGUAAACAGAUCUAGUGAUAAGACAGAAGGAUAUUUUUAGGAUUUUAAAACAAAACAUGGUAUAUAAUUAUUGUUCAACAGUGCAUUAUUUAUUUUAUAAGCACUAUUUUAGCUUUACUUUGAUAUGUAUAUCAACUAUUUAAAAAGAGCUUGAAUAGAUGUACACUUGUAUCAAUAGACCGGUAGUCACUAUGGUCAGAUGGUCACUAGACAAGUGGUCGAUAUAUAUACAAGUGAUCACUAUUUACAUUUUGUUGUUAUAGACAGGUGGUCACUAUAGACAGGUGAUUGUAAAAAGUGGUUACUGAAGACAGAAACCUGUCUUUACUGACACCUUGAGGAAUUUGUACAGAAUCAAUUGGUCAAAUAAGACAGUGUGUCAGUAACCUCAGGUUCAAAGAUAAAGAGAACAGUUUUUGGACCUGUAAAAUCAUGUCGUAAGGGUGUCUGUAUGAAAGUCAGGUGUCAGUAAAGGCAGAUUUCACUAUAUAAUGUAUAGGAGUUGAAAACGAUGACCACCACAUUGGGUCUCAGUGGUUAUGAUGCACUAAGUGUAUCAAAUAUGAUUUCACCUUCGUCACAAUGUUAGUGAACUUCAUGUACAUACCUUGGAUAAUCUCCAGAACUUGUUUCAUGGUUGUUUGUACAAUGUACUCACCGAAAUGUCCCAGGCUACCACCGUAUGAACGUAUCUAACAGACAAAACUUCCGCCACUGCAAAAAUGUGUUUAUUCAGUCACCCCUUUAUUAUGUUACCAGCUAUGGAUGUUGCCAAAAUAAAGACAACUCAUACGAUAAGAAUAUUAAUAUACAUUGUAUUUAACUCAUUCACCCCUGAAAUUUCAUUAUGAACUAUUUUAACCUUUGAAUUGGAGGAGUUCAAAUGUGUCCUCAGGGAUGAAUGAGUUGUAUGAUUAAUUGUUACUUGUGGGAAAGUGGUCAUUCAGACAUACUUUGGAGACUGGGAGGGUUAACUUU